AUGGAGACAUUUUAUACAACGAGACUUCAUCCGUUCGUGAGCCUGAACGCCUCGUCCGUGGAAUCACUAUUUAAUGAAGAAAGCAUCCUGUCCCUCCUAGUUGUUAUAGGGAGCAGUUUGUCACUUGUUGGUCUCGUAUUCGCCUUUAUUACCUACAGCUUGUUCUCCGACCUCCGCAACCUUUCCGGAACAGCUUUAAUGAACCUCCUUGCGGCCCUUUUCAUGACUCAACUUCUCUACGUCUUUGGCGUGGGAGGAAUUACAGAUAACGAGCUUUGCAUAGCGCUGGCAUUUUCGCUGCAAUAUUCCCGACUGUGCGUGCAAUUCUGGCUACUGGUAAUGACAAACCACAUGUUCAAUCAUUUCCGUACAAACCUCAAUCUUGUAACUGCAGUCGAAAACAAACCCAACAACAGAUUCAUGUGGUAUUCCAUCAUCGGCUGGGGAGUUCCUGCAAUGUUCCUUGGAAUAGGAAUUUAUCUGCAUUAUGAGUUUGUCGACGAAAAUCUCAUCGAAUUAAAACAUCAAAACUGCUGGCACAAGUCGUUAACAAAAUACAAAACAUGUUUAAAAUUAAGAAUAUGUUUGGUGAUCCGAAAGUCCAUCGUUGUCGAGAAAAACGUUUGUGAAUGUACAGAGAAAGGCCAGUCCGAGCCUGAUAGGAUCACACAGAUCGCACUCGUGCUGGUCUUUACGAACAUUGUGUCCGUGUUGGCAAAGUUCUUCCAUUCGGAAUGGCUCUGGCUUCUCUACAACUUCGUUCAAAGUCUACAGGGCAUUAUCAUUUCAGUCUUGGUUACGUGCAAUUGUCGCAUUAUAAAGAUCUAUUCGCGUUCAUUCAGCAAGAGACCAGCAAAAUGCAUCGCCACCUCUAGAACUAACAUAGCGUCGGAAGCCCAAAAACUUCUCAAGAUGAGUUCGUCCAUAUCAAAGUCGUCGAGCUUACAACUUCUUACUUUAGAAGCGUCACCUUACGCCGUCUAAUCCAGACGUUUGAAAAGGCGUGAAAAGAUUCAUUACUUACUAGCGAAAAGUUGUACGGAUUUUUCUUUUGAAAUACUGUUGUAUACCUUCCGAUUACUUGCAAAUUUUGAAGUUAAUCCCUGUUUUAAAAAUUCAUAUUAAGAAUAAUUUUAUAAACUCGUUUAUACAAACUUGUUAUAUUAAGCAAAAAUUGCAAAAAAAAAACUUGACAAAACAGCUUGACUGCAUCUCAAAGCUGGCUGAAUGAUCACGUAUUUGUUCGUAGGUAAUACAUCUUCUGUUCGAUAUUAAUUAUAACAAAUGAAUAAUAAUGCACAUAAAAAAACUAUGUCACAAGAUGAUGAUAAAACCUUAAGUCAAAAAAUUAUUAGAAACUCUUGAAAAGCGUUUCGUUCUCCAGGUUAACAUCUACAAAAGAGAAACACCACCUACACUUACCGUUAAUUAUUUUUGAUAGUAAAAAACAAACCCUCUUUACUUGAUAAAAAGUAAUCUCAAAAAGGUGUGAUCAAGAAUAUGUAGCCCGAGCUAAAGAACGUUUUAAAAAUGGUGCAUUUUUCAACCUAAUAGGAGUUCAUUCCUCAUAAUUUGUGUUUAAUAUUGUACAACAAAUAUUUUCCGAGCAUCUAUUUCUUAAUACAUAGGUGCUAAAGUUUCAGGAAAAAUACAGCAGGAAUUUCAAAUUUCAUUUCAUUUUCUGAAACCUUUGGAUAAGAUUUAAACGGUUGACUUUUCGCUAGUACAGGAGAGUAAAAACAUUAAUAAAACGCGAAAUUAUUGUUACAUGUGUACAUGUUCUUGUAAGUUAAUGUAUAAAUCACUUUAUGUAUUUAAAGGUUGUAAAGAAGCAUAAGCUGAUAUAGAUUUGUAAAAAAACAACACAAAAUAUCAUCCAAUUCUGUAAAUAAAUUGCAUCUGUGUUUA